AUGAAUCAUAAAAGUAGCAGCAGCAAGUGUAUUGAGGUUAAAUCCCAAUUUGACUACGAUGAUGAGACUGUAACGGAUGUUCGUGGUCAUCGACCUGUUGACCGGAGGAGGGAAGAAGCUCCCAGCCUGAGACCAGCCCCACCUCCCAUCAGUGGAGGUGGCUAUCGGGCCCGUCCAGCCAAAGCAGUUGCCAGUCAGAAAAAAGUGGAAAGAAGAGCCCCGGAUGCUGGAGGCUGUCUUCAUGUCGACCCAGACCUGGGGGUGUUAUGUCCUACAGGAUGUCAGUUGCAAGAUACUCUGCUAAACCAGGAAAGACCCAUCAAAAACAGCAUUGCAGAGUUAAGCAACAAUGUGGAGUCUGUUUCCCAGACCUCCUCUACCACAUAUCAGUAUACAACUCUGCUAAAAGACAUGUGGAAAAAGAGGCAGGCACAAGCAAAAGAUAAUGAAAAUGUCAUUAAUGAGUACUCCUCAGCACUGGAAAACCAGCAAUUAUAUAUAGAUGAGACCGUGAAUGAUAACAUCCCAACUAAACUUCGUGUGCUCCGCUCAAUCCUGGAAAACCUGAGAAGCAAAAUACAAAAAUUAGAAUCUGAUGUCUCAGCUCAGAUGGAAUACUGCCAAGCCCCGUGCACCGUCAGCUGCAAUAUCCCUGUGGUGUCUGGCAAAGAAUGCGAAGAGAUCAUCAGGAAAGGAGGUGAAACAUCUGAAAUGUAUCUCAUUAAGCCUGAGAAGUCCAGCAAACCAUAUAGAGUGUACUGUGACAUGACAACAGAAAAUGGAGGGUGGACAGUAAUUCAGAACCGUCAAGAUGGUAGCGUUGAUUUCGGCAGAAAAUGGGAUCCUUAUAAAAAAGGAUUUGGAAAUAUUGCAACAAAUGCUGAUGGAAAAAAAUACUGUGGCCUACCAGGCGAGUAUUGGCUUGGAAAUGACAAGAUCAACGAACUUACGGAGAUGGGAGCCACAGAACUUUUGAUUGAAAUGGAGGACUGGAAAGGAGAUAAGGUGAAGGCACAUUAUGGACUCUUCACAGUACAGAAUGAGGCCAACAAAUACAGAAUCUCAGUGGGUAACUACAAAGGAACAGCUGGCAAUGCUCUCAUGGAUGGAGCUUCUCAACUGGUGGGAGAGAACAGAACCAUGACCAUCCACAAUGGCAUGUUCUUCAGCACUUAUGACAGAGACAAUGAUGGCUGGACAACUGAUGAUCCAAGAAAACAGUGUUCUAAAGAAGAUGGUGGUGGAUGGUGGUAUAACAGAUGUCACGCAGCCAAUCCAAAUGGCAGAUACUACUGGGGUGGACAGUACAGCUGGGACAUGGCCAAACAUGGCACAGAUGAUGGUGUAGUAUGGAUGAAUUGGAAGGGAUCAUGGUAUUCAAUGAGGAAGAUAUCUAUGAAGAUCAGGCCCUUCUUCCCACAACAAUAGUCUCCCAGAUGUAGAUUUUAUUCUUCUGUAUGUGACAACAUUUUUUACAUUAUGUUAUUGGGAUUUUAUUUCAUACAUUAUAUCCCUCUGAAACUCUCAAAAUGAUUGUGUGUCUUUUUGAAAAAGGAAUAGGAUAAAUGACAUUCUAAGUAGCAUGAAAUUUUCUUUCAUAUUCUUCACUUACCUUGCUUACCACAAAGUAACUAAAAGGAUAAUGGUAGAUGGAGUCAGUGGGUUCUAAAUGAUUGUGAAAAGUUUCAAAUUAGGAAAAGGGAUCAUCUAUCCUUAUAGAAAAAUGGCGAGGCAAACUAAAAUCUUCUUUAAAAUUUCUACUUUUAAAACCCUAUUUAUUUAUGUAAUAUCUGUCACAGAAAACGUUCAAAAUUAUUCAUUAAACCGGUGUCUGUUGCAAUAAA